AUGUUAGCUUAACUCAUUACUUUGAAUAAUUAGAGUUCUGAAUCUUUAAAUAUUAAUAAAGCAAUCUUUAAAAUUGGUAGAGAUCCAACAAAUGAUAAAUAACUAUUAGAUAAUAAAGUAAGUUCUUUUCAUUUAUCUAUUGAAUUGGAUGAAAUGUAAUUUACAUUAAUUGAUAACUCAAGUAAUGGCACUUUUUUAAAUGGAAAAAGAAUUGGUAAGGGAAAUAAAGUUAUUAUUCGAAAUGGUGAUAUUAUACAUAUUUUACCUGUUGAGAAGGUUUAAAAAAAUGAAAUUAUUGGUUUCCAAUUUAUUACAGAAAAGAUUACAGAUUCCCGAUUAAAUUCUGAUAAAAUAACAUCUAAAAGCUAAUUAAAUAAUAAUUAAUAGAAAGAUGUCAAUGAUGAAAUAUAAUAUAAUAAUCAUAAUGAUUAUAUUGAUGAAUUAGGUGAUGAACUUUAAUGCAAUAUUUGUAAUGAUUAUUUAUUUGAAGCUGUAACUAUUAAUCCAUGUAAUCAUCAUUUUUGUGGAGCUUGUCUUUCAAAUUGGUUAGGUAAUUAAAAAUAGCAUAAUGAUUGUCCAAAUUGUAGAACUAAAAUUAAAUCUAUUAUGAUUGCUAGAUUAAUGAAUAAUUUAGUUGAAAAAUGGUUAAAAAAUAAUCCAUCUUAAAAAAGAGCAGAUUCUUUAAUAGAUAAAAUGAAAUAAGAAAAUAUAAUUUAUAAGAAUCCAAAUUAUUAUCUUAACUUUGAAAAAGAAUAUAAAUAAAAUGAAUAAAUAUAAUAGAAUGAUUAUGAAGAAUUUUUAAGUAAUGAUGAAAAUUUUGAUGAUAAUAAUCCAGAUUUUUAAUAGAAUGAAAUAUUGAAUCCAAAUAAUUUCUUAUUUGUUUAAGCAUUUAAUCCAUAAUUAUUUAAUCCUCUUAUCUAAUAAUAAUAGUAAGUAGUGUAACCUAUACAAACUUGUAAAAGUUGUAAUGGAUAAGUUUGGAAACAAUAUUAAUGCCAUGAUAUUUAAAUACAUAUAGGAUGUUCAUCAUGUGGUAGAUUGAUACCAAAAAGAUUAUUAAGUAUGUAUUAUAUCAAUUAUUAUAAGAUGAUGAAGAAAAUGAACAAUUAUAAAUGUUUUGUUGUAUUUGCAAAGUCUAUGAUUGUAAAUUCUAUUAUGGAGAUUGUACAAAAGCUAAUUUAAAUAAACUAAUGUUAGUUAAAGAUAUUGGUAAUAAUUUUUAGAUUCCACUUAAUUUCAUUAAUGAUGUAGAAUACAAUAGAAUUUUGAAUCAUCUCUAAGGAAAAUAACACAAUAUAAUCUAUGAAUUCAUGAUGGAACAUUAUAUUAAUAAAGGAGACUUUUAUUUUGAACAAAAUAAAUCAACUUUCAAUUUUCCAUUACAAGAUAUUAAUGUGAAAAUUACUCCUAAUACAGUAAUUGAAAUAUAUUCUACUUACUUAGCCUGUAUGUUGGUAAUGUCAUAAGAAAUUAAUGAAUUUCAUAAUCUUUAGAUAUGUCCAAUGUUGGAAAUAUGAUGAAGCCCUUUUCUCAUCGACAGAUUGUUUCUAUGGAAUUAAUUGUAGAACAUAACAUCGAAACAAAUUUCAUGCAAAUAAAUAUAAUCAUGUUUGUGAAUAAACAAAGUUUGAUUGAAAUUAAAUUAAAGUAUUUAUAUAAAUAACCG